GCUUGCCUGAGUCUCCCUAACUCAUUCUUUUUCUCACAGACAGUGAAAAAGCAGUCUGGCUCCCCAGGUCCACCCCUUACACCCCAAGGUCCAGAUGGCGGCCAACGUGGGAGAUCAGCGAGGCACAGACUGGUCCUCCCAGUACAGCAUGGUGGCCGGGGCAGGCAGGGAGAAUGGCAUGGAGACACCCAUGCACGAGAACCCAGAGUGGGAGAAGGCCCGCCAGGCCCUGGCCAGCAUCAGCAAGGCGGGUGCUGCAGGCAGCUCCAAGGCCAGCAGCAACGGGCCUGUGGCCAGCACACAGUACGUGUCGCAGGCGGAAGCCUCUGCCCUGCAGCAGCAACAGUACUACCAGUGGUACCAGCAAUACAGCUACGCUUAUCCCUACAGCUACUACUACCCUGUGAGCAUGUACCAAGGCUACGGCUCCCCCUCCCAGUACGGAAUGGCCGGCUCCUACGGCUCAGCCACGCCCCAGCAGCCAUCGGCCCCCCAGCACCAAGGCACCCUGAACCAGCCCCCUGUCCCCGGCAUGGAUGACGGCAUGUCCUACCAGGCCCCUCCCCAGCAGCUGCCAGCAGCCCAGCCCCCUCAACCCUCCAACCCCUCGCAUGGGGCUCAUGCCCUGAACAGUGGCCCCCAGCCUGGGACAACCCCAGCCACACAGCACAGCCAGGCUGGUCCCACCUCCGGCCAGGCCUAUGGGCCACACACCUAUACCGAGCCCGCCAAGCCCAAGAAGGGUCAGCAGCUGUGGAACCGUAUGAAGCCGGCCCCUGGGACUGGUGGUCUCAAGUUCAACAUUCAGAAACGGCCGUUCGCUGUCACCGGCCAGAACUUCAGCUCCACCUCAGAGGGCCAACACAGCGGCUUUGGCCCCCAGCCCAACUCCGAGAAGGCUCAGAGCCACAGGGGGAGCCUGUCUGGGAAGCCGGACGACUGGCCGCAGGACAUGAAGGAGUACGUGGAGCGCUGCUUCACGGCCUGUGAGUCGGAGGAAGACAAGGACCGUACGGAGAAGCUGCUCAAGGAGGUGCUUCAGGCCCGGCUCCAGGAUGGCUCUGCCUACACCAUCGACUGGAGCCGGGAGCCGCUGCCAGGGCUGACACGGGACCCUGUGGCGGAGAGCCCUAAGAAGAAGCGGUGGGAGGCCCCCAGCAGCCUGCACCCUCCCAGGGGGGCAGGCACCGGGACCAGGGGCGGGGGAGCCCAGUCACAGCGAGGGACCCCAGGGGCUGGGGGUGCUGGCCGAGCACGGGGCGGCAGCUUUGCCAAGUUUGGGAACCGCAACGUCUUCAUGAAGGACCGCAGCAGCUCCUCCAGCACGGAGUCCCGCUCCCGCUCCUCCUCCCGGUCCCCGACCCGGCACUUCCGCCGCAGUGACUCCCACUCGGACUCGGACAGUUCCUACUCAGGGAAUGAAUGUCAACCUGUGGGUCGCAGGAACCCGCCCCCCAAGGGCCGGGGAGGUCGGGGGGCCCACAUGGAUCGGGGCCGAGGCAGGGCCCAGCGAGGGAAGAGGCAUGAUCUGGCCCCCACCAAGCGCAACCGCAAGAGGAUGGCGGCGCUAGAAUGUGAGGACCCCGAGCGCGAGCUGAAGAAGCAGAAGCGGGCAGCUCGCUUCCAGCACGGACAUUCCCGCCGUCUGCGCCUUGAGCCCCUGGUGCUACAGGUGGGCGGCCUGGAGAGCAGUGGGGGUGACCCCGACUGGCAGGAGCUGCAGAUUGUGGGCACCUGCCCCGACAUCACCAAGCACUACCUGCGUCUCACCUGUGCCCCUGACCCGUCUACUGUACGCCCUGUGACUGUAUUGAAGAAGUCACUGUGCAUGGUCAAGUCCCAGUGGAAAGAGAAGCAGGACUACGCCUUUGCCUGCGAGCAGAUGAAGUCCAUCCGGCAGGACCUGACGGUACAAGGGGUGCGCACUGAGUUCACGGUGGAGGUGUAUGAGACGCACGCCCGCAUAGCCUUGGAGAAGGGUGACCACGAGGAGUUCAACCAGUGUCAGACGCAGCUUAAGUCACUGUAUGCAGAGAGCCUGCCUGGCAAUGUGGGCGAGUUCACCGCCUACCGCAUCCUCUACUACAUCUUCACCAACAACUCGGGAGACAUCACCACAGAGCUGGCCUACCUGACUCGGGAGCUGAAGACAGACCCCUGUGUGGCCCACGCCUUGGCACUGAGGGCAGCCUGGGCUCUGGGCAACUACCACCGCUUCUUCCGGCUCUACGGCCAUGCGCCCUGUAUGUCUGGCUACCUCAUAGACAAGUUCGUGGACCGGGAGCGCAAGGCUGCCCUCAAGGCUAUGAUCAAAACCUUCCGCCCUGCGCUGCCUGUCUCCUACCUGCAGGCCGAGCUGGCCUUCGAGGGCGAGGCCGCCUGCCGGGCCUUCCUAGAGCCCCUGGGCCUGGCCUACACGGGCCCGGACAACGCCAGCAUCGACUGCCGCCUCAGCCUGGCGCAGCUGUCCGCCUUCUGAGCACCACGCGAGGGGGUGGGGGGCAGGGCUGUGGCCCCUACUGCUGCCUCUGCAGAUUUUGUUUUUGAGCCAUGGACUUGGGUUGUAUAUUAAUGUGGGGAGUGGGCUCCAGGAAGAGCCACCAUCCCUGUCCCCCGUUUUCCUACCGGGGAAUCUGUACAGAGAUUUUUUUCUACGUUUUUAUUUUUUGCCUCAGAGNGAUGGGGAG